ACAGUAGAACCUGGCUAUAACGAAAGGAAGGUCGCUUCAUAUUUCUACUAAUCUUAGCUUGGAUUAAUUUAAUAUGGGAUUGAAGAGCAUCCUACUCACGAAUAUUAGAAUAGAUAUUGAAGGACCAGGUUCUACUGCAUUUUAUCCUCGACCAAAGAAUGAGCUAUACGCGUAAACGGGCGGCAUUAGCUUGCAUAUUCUGUCGCAGCAGAAAACGGAGAUGUGACGCACGGAAACCAUCGUGCUCUAAUUGUCUUGAUUUGGACGUUGAGUGUCACUACGAUGACACUCCAUCGCAAAGGAUUGAUACUUCUGGAGGCAGUCGGGAGAUUCUCAAUCGGUUGCGAAAUAUCGAGGCAAUCCUCCAGAGUCAAUCAGAGCGGAUAACAGCUCUUUCUAAUGAGCCUCAAAGAACACCCUUGCAUGUUCAUGAUGCCGUCACACCGCGGAGUCAGCAGUCAGUUGCAAUCGUUGACAUGCAUUCCCAAACGUGGUCAUCGUCACACCUUAAUGCCCCGUCUGACUACUCAAGCUUGCCGCCUCUCACCAUACCAGUCAAACACAAGACUUCAUCUACAUAUUUAUUAAAUUUGCCUGCGGUCAAAUCACUGAUCGGGGAAUACCCGACAGAUCUCUUCUUCAGAUUUGAAUUGCGAAGUCAUCUUCCUCCUCAGCUCUCACUGGAACAUUCCCAUGCAGCGUCUCCCGUCAAUAUACAGAGGGAAAUCACAGACGAAUUGAUAUUAUUCUUCUUCGCAUACGUUCAUCCAAACCAUCCGGUUCUAGACCGCGAAGAGUUUCAAAAGCACUAUGCUCGAUUCCUCGAGAAUGGGCCUGAUCAUAGCUAUGAAUCUAUUCUCUGUAUGGUUGUUCUGGCAUUAGGAGCCGUUGUUUCCACAGCCCCGGACCCUGAGGUAUUCAAGUCGUCACCUCCGGGUAUGGAUUACAUGCAGUACGCUAUGCCGACGCUGCUCUCUGUUUCUGCAUGGUCUUUUUCUUCAAGUAUGUUGGCGGCUCAUGCACUGGUUCUUGCCAGUGUCUAUUUUGCCUACAUUGUUCGGCCACUACAGAGUUGGCGGUUGAUUCACUCUGCUUCAACGAUGUUGCAAAUUAAUCAUGUCGGGGUGGAUUCUCUUCAGAAAAUAUCGAAUGGUUUUAAUGAAGGAGAGCAUCUUGUCCGCCUUUUCUGGUCAUCAUUUCUCGUCGAGUGCGACCGUCUCGCGGAGCUUGAGCUCCCACGAAGCGGGCUCGAAGAGUUAACAGACAGCAUAUAUCUUCCAAACUGUACAAACCUUGGGCUUGCAGAAUCUGCCUGGUAUCUCGCUGAGAUAUCCAUCCGGCGGUUGCUCAAUCGCAUUCAUAACUCCUUAUACCCAGGCAAGAAACAGCCACUUUCGAAGCCUCCAAUCACAUCUCUUGCAUCUGAUGACUUUUCAAUGGAAGAAAUAGUUUCGAUUGAUGGUAUUUGUAAUGAACUACGCUCACAGCUGGAGACAUGGUAUUUAUCUAUCCCCGAAGGUCUCCGUCCUGUUCUAGAAAAUGCUAAUGAGGAGGAUACCGCCGGUCGACAAGCAAUUCUGAGGAUUCGCUAUUUUGCAGCCAGGCAUAUCAUCUACAGGCCAUUUCUACUUUGCGUUGUUACGCACGGCUCGAAACGUGCCCCGCGGUCAAUGGUUGAAAAGGCUGCUAUUUGCAUUGAGAGUUGCCGAUGGUACAUUCACCAUACUACCAAGGUGUUGGGAAGGCCAAGUCAGUACACGUGGACAUUCGCAUUAUCCUCCCUUGGUGCGAUUAUAAUUCUCACUUUAGGCUCCUUGAAUCGAGAUUUGCAAGCCUUUGUGCCAGACAUUGACGAGCUACAGACUAUGGCAAUUGACAACUUUCGACCGUGGGCAUUCUCAAGCCUGGAAGCGGUCGUAUCAAUACUAGAGGAUAUCAGGAAAAAGAGGAGGCUUCUUUUACAAGUGUGAACUUGAUUAUAUAAUAUUUAAGGAAGUAGUUAAGUUACUUUAAAUUCGUGUCAUCUACAA